UAUCUGUUUACCACACCAGUGUCGGGAGAUGCUAUUUACUGCGAAGGAUCGACAGGUCACAUCCGGUGUCCCGCUGGCCAGAAGAUAGCAGUUUAUAAUGCUUAUUACGGAAGGACACAUAACGGAACAAUCUGUCCCCAUUCCCUCACCUCCAACCAGACAUGCCGCGCAACUGGCUCCCUCGACAAGAUCCAGAGUGCUUGCCAGAAUCAACAGCAAUGUUACUUGGCGGCAAACUAUGUAGUGUACGGAGAUCCCUGCAGAGGAACGUUCAAAUACAUUGAAGUGAAGUUUGUUUGUCUGUAGGCAUAAAACAGCCGGUCGAUAAAAUUUGUAAAACAUGUGUUGUUUCAAUGAGUCAUCACGAUAUAAAUAAUGCUUAAACUAAUAAACCAAUGAGAAAUGUCACUUUGCAUUCAAUAAAGAAGACAGACGACUUGCCACGAGAUGUUAAAAAUCAAGUGUUGAUUACCUUCUUCAUUUUAUACAUCAAUGCACAUGUGGAACAAAGUAGAAUUCAUUACAAGUGAAGUGUCUGGCAAAAUUAAACCAUAAUUUAAAGUUGCGUUUACUUCAGUUUAUAACGAAACAGAAGGUCUUUGUCUACGUAGUUACUUUAUUCUGAAGGCAUAUAUUGAUAAAAAAAUCCAAUUGAACACGAAUUUAAGCAUAACAAGCAUGC